UCAAAAGUGGUAACGGUCGCUCCGGCACAGAUUUCCUGUUUCGUACCCCGUUCGAAUACUCCGCCCCCUGAAACUGCGUAACGAUACGGAAGCGCAGACACAGGAAGACCGCGCCAAGUCCACCGGGGCUGGCGCGGCGACACAAUAAGAGAGGCGGAAAGGUGUCGGCAGUGGCACUUGUAAAUGAGGGCGAGAAGCACAGAGUCCGGGAGAUACCCAUUGUACGGUGAAACGCCGCCAUGAGGAACAGACACAGAUGGAUGUGUAUGUUGUGCUUUGACACUAUGAACUGAUCGAGCGGUCCUUAGUGAUCAUCAUUGUUCUGAAUGAUCCAGUGCUCAGUCUCCAAGGGAUCCGUAUCAUCUGAACGACAAGUCACGGCGUGAUCAACAUUUACUGACCCCGGAUUAAGUAAUCAACAUGUAUGGAUUCAGUGAUCGGCAUUUUCUGAACUGCUGUUGUUAAGACGCAGGAUUGGUUAUAAGACGCUGGACUGAGUAUUCAUCAUUUUAAUUGCCUGAAUUGAUGCUGUGAUUCUGUUUCUUUGAGCCAGGAGGAAUAAAGUGGUGGGCAUUGCAGGAUCCAGGAUUUGCUUUGACUGAGAUGAUCAGAUAUUGUCACCUGCACUGGUCUGCUCCAGUUUUGUUCCAGUGGAUGAGUAGCACUGACUUGCCCACCUGCCUUCUUCCUGCACAGGUGUCCUCAUGUCCAGCCAUUGCUUCUUUUUUCAUACACUUCCUAUUCCACCAGCCAACCCAGGGUUGUUGAUCUUUCGCUUCAUUACCUGCCUCCCUCUUGUUUCAUCUCCAGGUCUUUCCGCCUGAUUAAUCUCUUAAGCCUGAUACUCCUAACCACUCCCUAUCCACUUGCAUCUCUUUUUGUCUGCUUUCCUGCUUGAAUUGUCUCCUUCUUUUAUUUCUCUGUCUGUCUCCCUGGUAUUUGCAAGUCUGAAGCCCCCACUGUCACAUACCCACCCCCGGGUGUCCCCUCUGCCCUCCCCCUUUCACCCCUCUACUCAGUUUUACUUCUCAGCUAACCAGCACCCCCGUCUUAUAAUGAGGGCCCGGUCGAGCCGUUUCACACCAGAGAUCAAGGUGCUCCUGGCCGCCGCUGUACUCUUCCUAUCGGCCCUGCUCUGUAGAUCUUCACUGUCAGACAGCGUGGAGCAGCAGACCCGCUCUCAGCUGCUCCGCUUGCAGAUGCUGCUUUUGCUCAGUUCACUGAUGCUGAUUGGUUCGAUGUACAUCUGGAAGAGACUGAACUUUCUGCUGAGCCAAGGGUGUCUAUGGCAAGUGGCUGUGCUUUUCUUCCUUGUGAUGGCCCAUCUCAGUUUCUUCACGCUGCUUUUCCUGGUAUCUGAAGAACCACAUCCCAUUGCCAUGGUGGCCUACACAUGCUUGGGCUCUUGGGUGCUCCUAGUUUUUUUCCUUUUCAUAUUUUCCAUUGUAGAGCAGUGCCACAAACUUAUCCGAAACCGGCUGGCUACUGGGCCCACGGCAGCUGUCUCAGGCUCCAACAGGACUGUGCUGCUGGCUCUUGCAGUGACGCUUGCAUUGACGGUCAUAGGUCUGUACAACGGGGCUCGGCCACCAGCCGUGGUGCGCGUCCAGAUUACGGUGGACAAGCUGCCCUCCUCUCUCAAUAACCUUAGACUUGCUUUACUCUCUGAUAUCCACUUGGGACCCACUGUUGGAAGGAGCAAACUGGAGAGGGUGGUCAGGAUGGUCAACGAACUGCAGCCAGAUAUUGUUGCAAUCGUCGGAGACCUCACAGAUUCCCAGGUGGUUAACCUGCAAACAGCCUCUGAGCCUCUGCGAGAACUCAAAACCAAACUGGGGACAUACUUUGUCACAGGCAAUCAUGAGUAUUAUACAGUUGAUGUCAGUAACUGGUUCAGUUAUCUGAAAAUGCUAAAUGUUCAACCGCUUCAUAACACCAAUGUUCGAAUUGGUCCCGUGGAAAGGAACGAUGAAUGGCUUUGCUUAGCAGGAGUUGAUGAUGUUGAAGCCCAUUUGUUGAGAUAUCCAGGCCAUGGAAUGAACCUGGAAAGAGCACUUGAUGGCUGUGGACCCGACAGAGCAAUUAUUCUGCUUGCACACCAGCCUGCUGCUGCCAAGAAGGCUCUUCAGAUGCGACCUGACAUCAGCCUCAUCUUAUCAGGUCACACUCAUGGUGGUCAGAUUUUUCCGUUCACUCUUGCUGCUUAUCUCUUCAACCCUUACUUCAGUGGACUUUAUAAGGUUGGGGAGAGAAACUUUGUAUAUGUCACUCCAGGAACGGUGUAUUAUGGGAUUCCCAUGCGAAUUGCGAGUCGGGCUGAGAUAACAGAAAUAACCUUGAAGGCACCAUCCUGAUGUCCUAGGAGGAAACCGCCUAGCGUAGUAAAAGGUGUAGCCACUGUGAAGAUUUAGUCAGCAGUUUUCAAGAGUAUAUUAGUAAUACAUUCUUGCAUUUAGAUGCUUCGGUGGAAGGUGAAUUUGGGUAGUUGUUUGUCAUAAAGAUCAAGUUGUAUGCAUGUUUAUUAGAUUUAUUUAUUUUUACUGUGAACUGGGGUCAUAGUGACCUAUUUUGUUGUGCUGGUGUUGACACACCAGCAAAGAUUAAUUUUCUUCUUUGUAGAUGGGCUACAAAAAAAGGAAAUUGAAUAUUUAAUGUGAAUAUUUGUAUCUAUUCUUUGCACACUACAAAAAUAUGUUUGCACAUAAUCAUAACUCAGGUCUACAGACAUCAAAUCAGUACAUCUUGCCUGUUCCUUUACAGGGCUUGAAAUCUCUCGAUCAGAGUACCUCUUCUGCUGGCCAUCAUCCCUGCAUAAACAGCAUGACAUGCAUUUUAUUGACAGGGUCUUACCUGCAGAGAGCGUACUUUAUGCAUGUAAAGCGACUUAAUGCACUGACGCAUCGCACACCUUUCAAUUUCUAACACCUUUCUCAUAGCAGAGAGGGGAACUAAAAUGCCAGCCCUGAUUACAGUGUCCAUCCCUGUGUGUCCUGUUCUCAACUGUGAUCUAAAGGCUCAACAUGAGAUGCCCAAGUAUGACCCAGGUUGGCCAUAAAAUUGUGGCUUUGAUGAUUAAGUUGUAAAAGAAAGAAGAGUUAAUAACCACUUCCAUCUCACACCCCAGAUGAAUGUCACGUUGGUUAGAUUUAUUAUAAACAUGGCUGUGCUUAAAGUUACUUCCAUAGUGGUAAAGGAGAAGGUGCCACUUACUCUUCGUGCGCACCAUAAUAGAGCGGACAGACUAGAGUUUGGGCUUUUAAAUGUGCGGGGUGCGGCAUAUUUGUGCAUUACAUUGACCAAUUCAUUAUAUACUGUUACGUUCGACAUAUAGAAUAAUGCUUGAAUAAUUAAGACAUUAUUACAAAUUUGUGUACACAGGAAAAUAUUUGUUUCCUGCCUUGCGCCCUGUGCUGGCUGGGAUGACUCCAGCAGACCCCCGUGACUCUCUAGUUAGGAUAUAGCGGGCUGGAUGAUGGAUGGAUGGAAAAUAUUUUUUUUAACGAUUUUUAGUUCUUGGUCACACUGUUUAUUAAGUCAUCUGGCCAAGUGAAUAUCAUGCUCUUUACUUAUUAUUUAAAGUUAUCAUAAGCUUGGGAAAAGCAGCCGGAUUCAGGCACUUGUGUAAAUAUUUUUGCGUGACACUGAGGGACGAGCACUAUGCCUGACUCUGUGUAAGAUAAAGUGGGGAAUGGGUCGGUGGGAUUUACGUUCUCUGGAUGUUAAUGUGUUUCCUUAAAGUCAAAUAAUGUUCAUAUUCUGGCUAUUGUAUAACAUUUUAAUGUCUUUAUAAAAUUUGCAAAAAUUGUGGUUUAUUUAUUUGAAAUAAAAAGAUUUUCAUUAUG